GCUCCUCAACUACGCCUACCUCAGCGGCCUCCUCGCCCGUUGCGGCCGCGCCGCCGACCACCGCCUGGGCUCCGCCCUCCACGCCACUGUCGUAAAAAACCCCGCCCACUUCCUCCUAUGCCCGCUCCACCCCUCCCUCCGGCACGUCCUCGUCGCCUGGAACGCGCUCGUGUCCAUGUACGCCAGGUGCGGCCGCCACGACGACGCCGCCAGGGUGUUCGACGAAAUGCGCGUCCGGGACUCCGUCUCCUGGAACUCGCUCAUUGCCUCCUCUGCCGCCUCCUCCUCCAGCGCCGACGAAGCGCUCCUACAGUUCAGGUGGAUGCUGCGCUCGGCCUCCUCCUCCCGUGGCGCUCGCGUCUCGUGCGACCAUGCCACGUUCACCACGGUCCUGUCUGUGUGUGCGCGUGCAGCGUCGCUCCCCGCGUGCGCCAUGGUGCACGGGCUGGUCGUCUCGCGCGGGUUUGACGGAGAGGUGUCCGUCGGGAACGCGCUGGUGACCGCCUACUUCGAGUGCGGGUCUCCGGGCUCUGCCAAGAAGGCGUUCUAUGGGAUGGCAGAGAGGAAUGUCAUCACGUGGACGGCAAUGAUCUCCGGGAUGGCUCGAGCAGAGCUCUACGAGGACAGCAUCCUGUUGUUUCGACAGAUGAGGCACACUGUGGACGCCAACAACGCGACAUACUCGAGCUCCCUGUUAGCCUGCGCUGGAUCUCUGGCAGCCAUGGAAGGCAAGCAGAUUCAUGGCCUUAUUGUGAAGGCUGGACUAGCAACCGACCUCCAUGUAGAGAGUGGGCUCAUGGAUGUGUACUCUAAAUGCGGCUUGAUGGAGGAUGCUCUGAGCGUGUUUCGUGCAUGUUGGCAGCCUGACGAAGUUUUCUUGACAGUCAUUCUGGUCGGAUUUGCUCAAAAUGGACUGGAAGAGAAGGCGUUCGAACUAUUCGCUGAGAUGGCGGGUGAAGGAAUUUGCAUUGAUACAAACAUGGUUUCUGCAGUUCUGGGGGCGUUCGGUGCAUCCGCACCAUUUGCUCUUGGGAAGCAAAUCCAUGCGCUGGUCAUCAAGAAGUGCUUCGGAAGGAACAUCUAUGUAUGCAAUGGUCUGAUCAAUAUGUAUUCAAAGUGCGGUGAGCUGCAAGAGUCUGUCCAGGUGUUCGAUGAGACGCCUAGUAAGAACUCGAUCUCAUGGAACUCGAUCAUUGCAGCCUUUGCGCGACAUGGUCAAGGUUCUGAAGUCUUUCAACUGUUUGAAUCCAUGAAAGCCAGCGGUGCCAGUCCGACAGAUGUCACGUUCUUAUCGUUGCUCCAUGGUUGUAGCCAUGUUGGAUCAGCAAAGAAGGGACUGGAGAUCUUGAAUUCUAUGUCAUUGCUGUACGGAGUCGUCCCAAGGGUAGAACAUUAUGCAUGUGUGGUCGACAUGCUUGGCCGAGCCGGUCAGUUAGAGGACGCAAAGUCAUUCAUCGAGGACGGGCCUUUCAAGGACAGUGCUAUCCUUUGGCAGGCCUUAAUGGGGGCUUGUAGCUUCCAUCGGAACUUGGAGAUCGGGAAAUACGCAGCUGAGAAGUUGCUCCUCGUGGACCCCGAGUCCCCUGCUUCUUACGUCUUGUUAUCAAACAUCUACUCAGCGGAGGGCCGAUGGGAUGAUCGAGCCAAGGUUCUAAAGAAGAUGAGGGAGAUGGGUCUAAGGAAGGAUACCGGCAAGAGCUGGAUCGAGCUCGAGAAGGAGGUCCAUUCUUUCGUCGUCGGGUCACUCACGUCUCGUCCUGAUUCUGCUCCUGCUGACGAUGUGCUGCUGCAGCUUUCUGCAGUAGCCGGUGAUCAUCAGGAUGAUCUGAUGGAAGACAAUGCUCUCUGA